AGGCACGGCAGCCGUCGAGCGCUUUUGUCCCUCGCCGGCGCCCGUAGGCAGCGGAUGUUCCUGUGUUGCCCUCCACCUUCCGCCGCUGGGCCAGUUUCCCGUGCGGAGCGGAUGGCUUAAGCGGGGCCCGGCUCGGAAGCGGCAUUGGAGAACAUCACAAAAGUGAGGAUGCACCAUGGCAACGGUCCUCAAAGUGCCCAGCGCCAGCUCCAAAGGUCCCGCUCCUUCACCGGCAGCGAGGGCGAAGACCAGCAGGCCAACCUGCCCCAGUCCCCCGCGGCGUCUUUCGCCCCUUCCGCCAGCCCGUCCGCCCCUCAGUCCCCCGGCUACCAGAUCCAGCAGUUUAUCAUGAGCAGGAGUCCGGUGACUGGGCCGAAUGUCAACAUCACGCUGCAGAACGUCGGCCCGGUGGCGGCGGGCAGCCAGCAGAUCACGCUGACGCCGCUGCCCAUCCCCAGCCCCACGUCGCCGGGCUUCCAGUUCAGUUCGCAGCAGAGGAGGUUUGAGCACGGGUCGCCGUCCUACAUCCAGGUCACCUCGCCGCUGCCGCAGGUGCAGUCGCAGAGCCCCACGCAGCCCGGCCCGGUGCCGUCCCUGUCAAACGUCCGGGCGGGCACCCCGGGGCCCGGGCUGGGCAUGUGCAGCCAGAGCCCCACCCGGGGCUUCGUCGACGCCAGCGUCCUGGUGCGGCAGAUCAGCCUGAGCCCGUCCAACGGCAGCCACUUUGUCUACCAGGAAGGCUCCGGCAUGGCCCAGCUCUCCCAGGGCGCCCCGGCGUCGGUGCAGCUCUCCUCUCCCGGGGCCCCCUCCGCGGUCCGGGAGCGCCGGCUGUCGCAACCCCACUCCCAGACCGGCGGCACCAUCCACCACCUCGGGCCCCAGAGCCCCGUGGCCAGCGGGGCCAGUAUCCAGCCGCUGCCCAGCCCGGGCCACAUCGCGACGAACAACCUCCCGCCGCAGAUCAGCAACAUCAUCCAAGGCAUGCAGCAGCAGCAGCAGGGGCUACAGGGCCAGCCGCUGAGCCGGCCGCUGGGCUACGACCGGACCCCCGCCGGGCUCAUCGCCGGUGUCGGAGGGCCUCCCGCCUUCGGGAUGACCUCCCCGCCCCCUCCCACGAGCCCUUCCCGGGCCGGCCUGCCGCAGGGCCUGACCAGCCUGCCUCUGGCCCCGUCCGUCUGCACCGUGGUCAAGAAGCCCAAGAAGCUGGAGGAGAUCCCGCCCGCCAGCCCAGAGGCCGCCCAGCUGCGGAAGCAGUGCCUGGACCACCACCUCAAGCAGAUGGAGCUCUUGCGGGACGCCUUCAAGGAGUUCCUGAUGGAGCUGUUUUUCCUGCAGCACCUCCAGGGCAACAUGAUGGACUUCCUGGCGUUCAAGAAGAAGCACUGCGUGCCCCUCCAGGCGUACCUGCGGCAGAACGACCUGGAUCUGGAGGAGGAGGAGGAAGAGGAGCAGUCGGAAGUCAUCAACGACGAGGUAAAGGUUGUGACAGGAAAGGAUGGGCAGACUGGUACUCCUGUUGCUAUAGCAACCCAGCUUCCUCCAAAUGUUUCUGCUGCUUUUUCAUCCCAGCAGCAGCCAUUUCAGCAGGUGCAUGCAGGGACUCCGGUCACAGGAACUGUGAAUACCCUAGAAAUCGAAGCUUUUAAGAGACAGCAAGCACUUACGUCUGCAGAUUCGUCUAAGAGACCCCGAAUUGAAGUGGGCCGUCACGGGAUGGUUUUUCAGCAUCCAGGCGUGGCUACGGGAGUCCCUCUUCAACAGCUCAUGCCAACAGCACAAGGCGGCAUGCCUCCCACCCCGCAAGCGGUCCAGCUCACCGGGCAGAAGCAGAGCCAGCAGCAGUACGACCCCUCCAAGGGCCCUCCGGUGCAGAAUGCGGCAAGUCUCCACACUCCCCCGCCUCAGCUGCCUGGGCGCCUGCAGCCCACCAAUAUCCCCAUCACCUCUCUCCCCGCCACGCUGCAGCUGACACAGCCGCCCACACAGAUCACGGAGGCCCCGACGCAAUCUCCGCUCCACGGGAAGCCCCAGCCGCAGAGCGUAUCGGUCGCCGCCACCCUGUCGCACAGCCAGGUUCAGGCACCACUCCAGCAGCAAGCGCAUGCGCAAGGGCAGAUGGCGGCCCAGGUAGCGCAGCCACAGGCUCCAGCCCAGCAGCAGAUUGUCACCCUGGCACGAUCCUCAGCAGACCCUGUGCAGAAUUCCCAGCGUCUUCCAGCCAGUGCACUUGCCCCUGCUUCAUCCAACCCAUCAGCAAGUGCUCCCGGCACGGCCCCGCAAGCCACGUACCCGGCACAAACCAACCGAACAUCACCAGUGACCAACAAGUCGGCAUCUCUGAUCGCCUCCAAACCCCCAGGCGUGGCGGUGACGGCCGCUCCGAAGACACAGAGCCCUUCUCAGAAUGCCACCGCUCUGCCCCAGGACAGCUCCCAAGAGAAGCUGGCGGAACAGGUUAAGCUGGAGAACCAGGUCCACCAGCGGAUUGCGGAACUGCGGAAAGAAGGGCUGUGGUCCCUGAGACGCCUGCCCAAACUCCAAGAGGCCCCCAGGCCCAAGUCUCACUGGGAUUACCUCCUGGAGGAGAUGCAGUGGAUGGCCACUGACUUUGCUCAAGAGAGGAAAUGGAAGAUGGCGACGGCUAAGAAGAUGGUCCGGACUGUGGCUCGCUACCAUGAAGAAAAGAAGGCCAACGAGGAGCGGGCCAGGAGAGAGGAGCAGAACAAGUUGCGGCGCAUUGCAGCAUCCAUCGCGCGAGAAAUAGAAUAUUUCUGGUCCAAUAUUGAACAGGUUGUGGAAAUAAAACUGCAGAUUGAAUUUCAAGAAAAAAGGAGGAAAGCUUUGAAUUUGAAGAGGCGUUCAAGGAAAGGUAAAGAUACAAGACAUUUAGAAGAGCUUCUACUGGAAAAAGAAAGUGACUCGGGCUCGUGGUUGUCUGGAAGGAAGAGAAAGGCGAGCACAUCAUUGACAGAUGAAGAAGCUGAAGAUGAUGAGCAGACCAUCGAAGAGCAGGAGGCUGUGGAGGGAAACGUAAACCACCAGAUUGAGCUGUCCAAUCUGGCCAAGGAAGCCGAACUGCCUUUGGAUGAUUUGGUGAAGAUGCACGGAGGUGCCUACGAGGAGAGUUUUCACUGGCCGCAGCCGAAGCCUGACAAGGGAGGAGAUACGAGCGAGGAAGAGAUGGAAGACCACGCGGCGGAAAGGGAGAUGCUCCCCAAGGAGGUGAUUCUGAUCGACUCCCUCCUCAGCAUCGACCAGUAUAAGAGUGCCGAGAGACCCGUCCCGAUGAAGAAACACGGGAGGGACAUCGCGGAUGUGGCGGCGGCUGCGGAAGUCCUCCUGCCCAAAGGCAGCGCCCGGUUCACGACCGCAGUCAAAUACAACACCCCUCCCCUCUUGUAUGGCCCCCUUCGAGAGUAUCAGAAGAUCGGCUUAGACUGGCUGGCGAAGCUGUACAAAAAGAAUCUGAAUGGCAUUUUGGCGGACGAGGCCGGGCUCGGCAAAACGGUCCAAGUGGUUGCUUUUUUUGCACACCUGGCGUGCAACGAGGGUGAUUGGGGCCCUCACCUGGUUGUCGUCCGGAGCUGUAAUAUCCUGAAGUGGGAACUUGAGCUGAAACGCUGGUGCCCCGGCUUGAAAAUCCUGCUCUAUAUCGGCAGCCAGCGAGAACUUCGUGCAAAGAGACAGGAAUGGAUGGAGCCCAACAGCUUCAACGUCUGCAUCACGUCGUACAAGCAACUGUUCAAAGGCCACCAGGCAUUCAUGAAAAUGCGGUGGAAGUACCUGAUCGUGGACGAGAUGCAGCAGAUCAAAAACAUGACAGAGAAGCACUGGGAAGCGCUUUUCAAUCUCCGCAGCCAACACCGGUUGCUCCUGAUCGAUACCCCACUGCACAACACCUUGAUGGAAUUAUGGACCAUGGUGCAUUUCCUGAUUCCGGGCAUCUCCAAAUCUUACCUGGACUUCCCUGUGAAGGUGGCCAACGAGGAAAACCAAGAUUACUGCCAUAAGCUUGUCAUCCGAUUACACAGAAUGAUCCAGCCCUUUAUUUUGCGGAGGUCCAAGAGAGAUGUUGAAAAGCAGUUGGCGAAGAAGUACGAGCACGUGUUGAAGUGUCGGCUCUCGAACAGGCAGAAAGUGAUGUACGAAGACGUCAUCUUGCAGCCGGGAACCCAAGAUGCUGUUAAGAGUGGGCAUUUCGUCAGCGUCCUUCACGUUUUGAUGCAACUGCAAAAGAUCUGCAACCAUCCCGACUUGAUAAAUCCCCGGGUUUCCAGCUCCUCUUACGUCUCGGAGGCAUUGAAGUGCAGAACGGCUUCUCUGGCCUUAAAAGCACUCGAAUGCGACCUUUGGAAGGAGGCAGACCUGAGCAUCUUUGAUCUGAUUGGGAUUGAGAACCGGAUGACGCGGUACGAGGCGCAGGUGCUGCCCAAGCAGAAGGUGACCAGGAAGCUCAUUGAAGAAAUCUACACCUCUCCCCUGCCUCCCCCCAGACCCAACCCAGUCAAGCUGAAGCCAAGCAGGUUGUUCCAACCUGUUCAGUAUGGACAGAAACCCGAAGGCAGGACUGCUAUCUUCCCCAGUGCUCAAGUUCAACGGACAGCGACUGCGACGACGGUCGCUCAAGCGGGGCAAGUGCGAGGAAGGUCUCCGAUAGCCACGGUGUCAGCAAACCAAGCCGCCGCCGCCGCCGCCCACUUUCAGACAACCCAGGCCUCCGCCAGUGCUCCGAGACUGCAGCCAGCGGCGACCUUCACGGCAGCAACUAGCCCGGCCCAUCCUGCGAAGCCGCGGGGUCAGACCACUGUGCCGGCUGUGCCGCUAGGCCAGGCCCAGCCACAGGCCCCUCCCCACACCAUCCAGCAGAGUGUCCUGCCUCAAAGGCUAGUUCUGACCUCUCAGGCCCAGGCAAGGUUGCCUAGUGGCGAAGUGGUCAAAAUAGCCCAGCUGGCUUCCAUAGCGGGGACGCAGGGCAGAAUCGCGCAGCCAGAGACUCCGGUGACUCUGCAAUUCCAGGGGAACAAAUUUACCUUAUCUCACAGCCAGCUCCGUCAGCUCACUGCCGGACAGCCAUUACAGCUGCAAGGCAGCGUGCUGCAGAUCGUUUCAGCUCCCGGCCAGCAGUACCUUCGACCUCAAGGCCCGGUUGUCAUGCAGACGGUGUCUCAGGCGGGAACCGUUCAAAACGCGCUGAACGCUCUGGGGAACCAGCAUCCAGCUGGCUUGCCGGCUUCAGCAGUGGCACAGCAAGGUAGAACAGUGGGCAGCAAUUUAGCAUCGGGGGACUCUGUUGGACCCUUAAAGCCUGGCCUCAUUCAUGGAGGACACGCUCAGGAGUCGUUUGAGGAGAAGAACCGGCUUCUGAAGGAGCGCCUGGACAGGAUAUUUUCCUGCAACGAGCGCCGCUGCUCCCGGGCUCCUGUGUAUGGCCGCGAUCUCCGGAGGAUUUGCUCGCUGGUGGGCGGCCGGGAGACGCCCCCUCAGUGCUCCGCUGGAGCCAGCAAGUGGAGCUGGGCCGGGUUCGCCAACUGUCUCCGCGCCCGGGAUGCUGCCAAGGACUGUGGAGACCCACUGCAGGAGUUGGUGUGGGCGCUGGCACGGCAGCAGGAAGCCCUGCGGGGCGCCGUGAAUAGGCUGCUGCUUGUGCUGCCCGCAGCGGUGGCCACCGCCCCAUCGUUGCAAGUGGCGAGGCCUCCCGCUCGGUACAGCCACCGCAUGAAGCUCUUCAGGCACCGUCUGAAAGAGAAGGCCUCUCCUUACAUGCAUCAGCUGCAUCGGCUCGCCACUCCUCAGCUGCUUCAGUUUCCCGACCUCCGACUCGUGCAGUACGAUGCAGGGAAGCUGGAAGCACUGGCAGUCCUGCUUCAGAAGUUGAAGUCGGAAGGGCGGCGGGUGCUGAUCUUGUCCCAGAUGAUUCUCAUGCUGGACAUCCUGGAGCUGUUCUUGGAUUUCCACUCCCUCACCUACGUGAGGAUUGACGAGUGUGCCAAUCAGGAAGAGCGGCAGGAGCUGAUGAAGACCUUCAACAGAGACAAGCGCAUCUUCUGCGCCAUCCUUUCCUCCCACAGCCGUUCCACGGGGGUCAACCUUGUCGAGGCCGACACUGUUGUGUUUUACGACAAUGACUUGAACCCAGUGAUGGAUGCCAAGGCUCAGGAAUGGUGUGACCGGAUUGGCAGAUGCAAGGACAUCCAUAUCUACAGACUCGUCAGCGGGAACUCGAUAGAAGAGAAGCUCUUAAAAAAUGGCACGAAGGAUUUGAUCCGAGAGGUCGCCGCUCAGGGAAAUGACUACUCCAUGGCCUUUUUAACGCAGCAAACAAUCCAGGAACUCUUUGAGGUUCAUUCCCCGAUGGAAGAUUCCGGCUUCCGAGUGAAAGCAGAAGAAUUUGUGGUGCUUUCGCAAGAGCCCUCCCCGGCCGAAACCAUCUCUCCUAAAGUCGCAAGGCCUUUUAUAGAGGCUCUCAAAAGCACUGAACGAGAGGGAGAGGAAGAGGAAUCCAGCACCCACAUUCACGACAUGGAAGCCAGAUCAACUUUGGAGCCCCUCAUUUCAGAACUUGGCAAGUCCCAGUAUCUUGAGGAGCCUUCACAGCUGCAGGAGCUGGUUGCUGUUGUCGAUCAGCUCACCCCGAUUGAAAAGUAUGCUCUGAAUUACCUGGAGCUCUUUCAUGUUUCCCCGGACGAGAGUGAACCGAAAGAAAAUGAGGCGGAAGUGAAAACAGCGAAAAAGGUGUGGGAGACUCAUCACCUGAAGGAUUUGAAGGAACAAGAGGAGAAAAUGCUUUUGGAUGGCGAAGAGGAGGAGCUCCUUACCUACACCCGGGAGGAUGCCUAUAACAAAGAAUACAUCUACGAGGGCCCCGAUGGACAAACUGAAAUCAUGCCACUCUGGACUCCCCCAACACCCCCUCAGGACGACAACGACAUUUACAUCGACUCGGUCAUGUGUCUGAUGUACGAGUCCACCCCGAUCCCAGAGUCCAAGCUGCCUCCCGUCUAUGUCAGGAAGGAGCGUAAGCGCCACAAGACGGAUCCAUCUGCGGCAGGAAGGAAGAAGAAGCAGCGGCACGGGGAGGCGGUCAUUCCGCCGCGGUCGCUCUUCGACCGGGCCACGCCCGGGAUGCUGAAGAUGCGGCGGGAGGGGAAGGAGCAGAAGAAGAACAUCUUGCUGAAGCAGCAGACCCAGUUCGCAAAGCCCCUGCCCACCCUGGUCAAGCCGGCUGCGGAGGCCGGCCAGGACAACCCCGAGUGGCUCAUCAGCGAGGAUUGGGCCCUGCUCCAGGCCGUCAAACAGCUGCUGGAGCUGCCUCUCAACCUUGCUGUCCUGUCCCCGGCCCACACCCCCAACUGGGAUCUGGUCAGCGAUGUCGUGAAUUCCUGCAGCCGGGUCUACCGCUCCCCCAAGCAGUGCCGCAACCGCUACGAAAACGUCGUCAUUCCAAGAGAGGAAGGGAAGCUUAUGUAUGAAGCGAACCCUAAGAAGAAGACAAAAAGCAUUUAUAAGACAUUUAAUGAAUUAAUCCCUGCAACGCCCCACCAGACAAAGAACAGCCGCCCCCUCCGAACCAACCAGCUGUACGCCCAAGACGAGGGCGCAACGCACACCCAGCUUUACACAAAUCACUUUGAGAUCAUGAAGCUAAUUGCUGGGAAGAGAAGCCCACCGAUCAAGCCCUUGCUUGGUAUGAAUCCUUUCCAGAAGAAUCCGAAACACACUUCAGUGCUUGCUGAAAGCGGCAUCAACUACGACAAGCCUCUUCCUCCCAUUCAAGUCGCGUCCCUCCGAGCCGAGCGUAUUGCGAAAGAGAAGAAGGCGCUGGCUGAGCAGCAGAGGGCUCAACAGCAGGCCGGGCCGCAGCAGCCCCAGCAGGCCGGGCAGCAGCAAGGUCAGCAAGCGGCGGUCCAGCAAGCACAAGCCCAGCCUCAGCCCCAGCCUCAGGCGCAAGUGGUCCAGCAGCCCCAGGCUGUGGUGCAGACGGCCGUUACCACCGUGGCAAACACUGCAGUAUUGGCUGGCACAAUGAAAACUUCAGUGACCGGGACAAGCAUACAAACCGCGACCGUGAGCGGGAACGUGAUCGUGAACACCGUGGCCGGGGUCCCUGCGCCCACCUUCCAGCCAAUCAACAAGCGGCUGGCUUCGCCGGUGAUCCCUGGAACUCUGGCUGCCACAGGAGGGACGAAUCCAGCCCAGGUGGUCCAUAACCAGCAGAGAUCGACUGCUGCCCCUACCACCUCCUCAGAACUGGUGACUAUUGCAUCAACUCCAGGGGUGCGAGCGGUGACCUCUGUGACGGCAUCAGCUGUGGUGACCACCAACCUGGCCCCAGUCCAGACCCAGGCAAGAUCCUUAGUCACGCAAGUCACGCCAGCAGCUCCGACAGGCGUGCAGCUUUCUGGGAAGACGAUCACCCCGGCCCACUUCCAGCUCCUGCGGCAGCAGCAACAGCAGCAGGCGGCCGCUGCAGCGCAGGUCCAAGUCCCCCAGAUCCAGGCCCAGGGUCAGGCCCAGUCGCCAGCCCAGAUCAAAGCCGUGGGGAAGCUGUCCCAGGAGCAACUCCUCAAGUUGCAGAAGCAGAAGCUGCAGCUGCCACAGCAGCAGCCUCCGCUGGGAAGCCAGCAACAGGCUGCCCAGGUCCAGCAGCAGCAGCCGCCCCAGCACCUGACGGCGGUCGCCGCGCCGAGGCCGGGCGCCGUCCUGACAGGCGCCACCGUCGCCAACCUCCAGGUCGCUCGCCUCACCCGUGUUGCCGCCUCCCAGCUCCAAGCGCAAGGCCAGAUCCAGGUCCAGACGCCCCAGGCGGCCCAGGUGGCUUUGACGAAGCCCCCAGUGGUGUCGGUUCCUGCCGCGGUGGUGUCGUCCGCCGGCGUCAUCCCCGUCACCGUCGCUGGCAUUAGUGUUGCUAUCGGGCAGCCGCAGAAGGCAGCAGGCGGGCAGACGGGGCCCCAGUCCUUACAGGUCCAGCAGCUCUUGAAACUGAAGCACCACCAGACGGCCCAGCAGCAGAAGGCCAUCCAGCCUCAGGUCUCCCAGGGGCAAGCCGCCGUUCAGCAAAAGAUCAACGCGCAGCAGGUCAGCGUCCAGGCUCAACAGCAGACGUCUCAGCAGCAGAAGGUCUACGCAGCGCCCUCGGCCCUGAAGCCGCAGUUCCUGUCCACAGCACUUUCUCAGGCCCAGAAGCCAGGCGGGACCCAGCAGGUCCAGACCCAAAUACAGGUUGCAAAGAUCCCGCAGGUGGUCUCCCAACAGGCCACGGUAGCCAACAUCCAGCAGAUGGUUUCCGUUUCCCAGCAGGUCCAGGCCCAGCCCCAGACGGUGACUUUGUCCCAGACAACAGCAGGCCAACAGCAGGUCCAGGUGAUCCCGGCCACCACCGCCACCGCUCAAGUGGUCCAGCAGAAACUGAUCCAGCAGCAGGUGGUGACAACAGCCUCGCCCCAGCUCCAGGCCCCCGGGGUGCAGAACCCAGGCCAGACGCCGGCCGGAGCCGACAGCCAGACCCAGCAAGCGAAAGUGCAAAUGAGAGCCCCCAUCCGACUCAAGGCGCCCAACAAGCCCAGCUGAGCGGCUGCUGCCGCAGGACACCGCUUCUCCCACGGCACACGUGGGGCAGGAUCCCGGCGAGAUCCCCUUCUUCCACGAGGCUUCUCCGUUUUGCACAGGAGGAUCUUUGGGCCAGCAGUGUUGCAUCUCUCAAAGCCUUGCUUCCGAGGAGGGCCUCGUCUCUCUCGAUGCUCUCUCUUUCGCUCCCUCUCACUCUGCUCUACCAGAUCUUAUACAGUGUAAAUAUUUAAAGACUCGCUCUCUUCCCGUGUACACAGAAAUGUAGCAAUGAGAUUGCUUUUAAAUAGCCGUAGAAUUUUGUCCAUAUCUUGUAGUGUUUUGUCGUCACUGCCAGAGGGAAGGUUUCUGGUGGGGAGGGCUGAGAAUGCCUUUGGAGAGGCCCGGGAAAACCCCUCCUGAGAGAGGCGAAGGGAAACUGCAUUGGCAACAUUCCCCACAACAUCUAGCUAAUAAACAUGAAGACUUGUAUGUAUCUGUAAUUAUGAACCGUAUUCCAGGCUCCAUUUUUUUUUUUAAUUUGGGUAACUCUUUUUUUUAAUUGCAAUUGUGUGGGUUUCCCCCUCCCUGUUUUUUAAUGUACAGUUCGUUUGUUUUAACCCCACCCUUAGAUUUUCACUCCCAUUUCUCACUGUAAAGGUGACAGAUAUUCUAAGCAUGUUGUUUUUGGAGGGGGGGAGGGAAUACUGUGUGACAGUAACUGUGUUUUUAAUUGUAAGCCAUCAUUUCUCUUUCUUCUCCCCCCCCCCUUUUAAUUUGUAAAAGGAAACGUUUGUUUGAUAUUGGUAAGAAAAUGGUUAAUUUAUUCUGGUUUCGUGAGGGGCUUCCGACUGGGAGGAGGUCCUCGAUAGAAUUUCCAUCUGUUUCACGUUCUUGCAUUUGGUUCUUUUUCCACUCUGAGAGAAGACCCCGGAACCUUCAGUCUAAACUUUGUAAAGACUCAGAUUCAGCUUUUGAGCUUUUGCAGGUGGGCCAAAGUUGUGCACCUCUGCUAUAGAAGAUGACAUGCUUGCAACACCCUCACCGGGAAGGUGAGCUCUGCCGUUUGUGCUUAUAUUGUGUUCCAAACACCCCCUGCUCUGUGUUUCUGAGAGCUGCUUGGCAGGCAGCAAAAUAGUUAAAGUCAGUGCAGCAGGGAUGGGAGGCAUUGGGCAGAAGCCGCUGGGAAUAGCUCCUGCAUAGGUUCCGUAGCGAGCAAGCCCAAGCAGGUUGCUUUCUGGUGCGUCUCCUAUUCCUGUUGGUGGGACUUGCCUAGGAGACAGUUCUCAGUAGAUCGUGCCCAUUUUUGUAAUGCAUUGUUCAGUUUUACUCUGGAAAUGUUUAUCGCGUUAAAAGCAUUGGGGUGUCGAUUUGCAAAAUUCAGGAACAACCCCACCCCACCCCCGGCAGCCCACUGGCUGUUCUGGUAUCGAUUAAGUCAACAGAGGCCAUUUCAGGUAUCAAUUAUGUCAACAGAGGCCAUUUCAAGUGAAGGCAUACAUUUAGAUCGAUAUCUCUCUCUCUCUCUCUCUCUCUCUCUCCACUCUCACGCCAAAAGUGUAUUCGAAAUCCAGUUUGAUUUGUAAAUAUCUUUAUGAAUAUUAGAAGAAAAAAAGGAGAGAAAAAAACCACAUUUGUACUUGACCAGUAGGAUUGUAAGGACUUGUGAUGUAUCCUACCUGAAGGUGUAAUAAAGUGUACAUUUUUAUAA